UCAGGGAGUGAGUGAGCCAACAGUACAGUUGAUGCUGGAUGACGGUGAUGCGCACUGAGCAGCUCGCUGCCUCGCUCUCACGCGAGGAUGGAUAGUUUUUGCGUAACGGUUAAGCGAUGGACAUCCCUGCGCUAUAUCACCUCUUUGGCACGUUGUUAAAUUCCGGAAGACGACCAUAACAUCUGAGGAGUUCCCAAAUUGAGGCUGUGGACUUGUUUUCAACAACGCAGACCGGUAUCACACCCCUGGAGGACUGUGGUUCGUAAACUUUAUGGAUGCAUUCACAUUAUUCAUGCAUGCAGCGUCCUUACUGGAUUGAUUGCAUGUGUUUUCUGCUGUCAAGGUACGAGAAAUCGAUUUGAAAUGUCCGACUUCCACAACCGGAGCCAAACCAGCGCACGUCGCAGUGACUACGUGUGGCAGUAUGAAUAUUACGACGACGAGGAGCCCGUGUCUUUCGAGGGACUCAAGGCGCACAGAUACUCCAUCGUCAUCGGCUUCUGGGUUGGACUUGCUGUGUUUGUCAUUUUCAUGUUCUUUGUCCUCACGCUGCUCACAAAGACAGGAGCGCCACACCAAGAAAACCCAGACUCUGCUGAAAAGCGCCAUCGACCAGGGAGCUGUCUGGUAGACAUCGACGGCCCCCAGGACGAAAAUGACAAAGCCUUCUCGCGUCCGCUACUAGCAGGGUCCCGCUCAUAUUUCCAUUUCUACAUUAACGAGGAGGAUCAGGGUCAGGGGAAGCAAAAAGCAGAAGACGAGGGCGUUGGAAAGCACAGCGGGGCCCAAGCCCAGAAGGCAACCUGCAGCCGGACCAGGGGGAUCAGCUCAUCCGGGAUGGACGACAUGGAGGAGGAUGUGGAGGAAGCUGGGGAACACCAGCCUCUCAAGGGACUAAUAGAGGAGAGUAAGCCAGAGCGAGAGUGUGCCUUCUUUUCCCACUUCAACAUCCCGAACUUUGUGAACUUGGAGCACAGUUCAACGCUUGGAGAGGAUGAUCUGCUGUGUGAGCCGUCCGUCAUCCUGGAGCGCCACUCUCACUCUCAGGAUGCUCACUGUGACAUCCGCUAAGGCACAAGCAUGGACGUGGCGGUAUUGUAAUGUUUUUUGCUUUCCUUUCGCAGGACCAUUGGUGACCUGAUGGGGGGCAAACAUACUCACCUGCAGCACCCACCUGGAGUGUUUUUAGCCUUUUCAACAAGCAUACAUUCAGAUCAACAAGCAAGAGACCACAAAAUGGCCCAAAUUCCCUAUUAAGUGACAGGUCUUCUUGAAGAUAUAAUUAGCUCAUAAAUGGCACCUUUUACCUCAGCUCUUCUGAACCGGAUGCAGCUGUUCGUGGACUGGAUGGCUCUCCACACGGGGAGAGACACUUUGUACAACUCAUUCUGCUAUCAUUACCAUCUUGUUGCAGCGCUGGACAACAUUGUCUCACAGGACACAGAAGCCAGUUGGUCUACAGACAAGAUUAAAAGCAUGGAAUUAAAAGUUAUUUUUGUUUUUAAAUAAAACGCCCUCAAGGUGAAGUGUACUUAAGCCGUGUAGUUAGUCGCAUCAAAGCUAACAUACUGUUCUUUCACAGGUAGGUAACCUGAGACUUUGGCUAACUAUGUGAUAUAAUACUUUUGUAGACACAGUUGUCUUAGAUUAGAC